AUGAAAACUAAACAAGUGAAGGAAGAAUCAGACAAGAGUAUUGAUGAAGAUACUGUGGUGGAACCUAAGACUCGGGCUCGAAAGAAAGCUUCAGACAUAAAUGAAGAUGAAAAAACUAAACUUUCUCAAGAUGACCCCAAAACAUCCAAAGAAAUAAAGAAACCUGUAGCCAAACCUAAAGCAAUAGUUAAGAAAAGACCUCUCGGUAUCAGAAAAACAUUAAGAAGCAAAAAGGCUGCUGUAACAAAAGAAAAGGUCAAAGCUGUUAUCCGACAAACAAUAACUCGUGCAAGAAAGGCAGCAAUCAGAAGUGAGCCUGGUAAUUCUCAAGAAAAAGAAACCGUCCCACUAAUACCUGCCUCUGAAAUAAAAAAGGAGCCAGUGGAAGAAACUACACCUAAUUCAAGAUCUUCAAGCCCAAAAACAGCUGGUCGAAGACAAAGACUUACUUCAGAUAUGUUAAUGAUGAAAUCAGUACUUGCAGACUCACCAAGUAGUCUCGUACUUGGACCACGGACUAGUCCAUAUUCAAUGAGAUCAGAAAGAAGUAAUAGCCCUUUACUCUCUGAGGGUAAAAAUCUAAGAAGUGGGAAACCCAGAAAAGUAAAAAGUAAUUUAUUAAAUGAAGUUGUGAUGAAAGAACAGAAAAAGAGAAGGAGACUGCCUUCAGAUUCCAAGACUUCAGAUGCUACAGAUAUUCCUGAAGAUUGCAAAAAACUUAAAAGAGGACGAUCAUGUUCCCGAGAUGGAAGUGAGAUCUCAAAAUGCUCUGAUGUUACUGAAUCAGACUUAAGUUUGAGUGAACCCCUAAUAGAAACAGAAAAUAAGGAGCUCAUGAAAAAAAUAGACAAAUCUAAGACUGAUCUAGAUAUAGAUAUUGAAAAUAAUAUACAGAUCUCGACACCUGAAAAAGUGCCUUCUCUUAAUGUUGACUCCAAUGUAACUGAAGCCAAAACAGAUACAGAGACCAGUUUUAUAGUUAAUGAAAAAAGUAAGAAAAAAUUGAGCUUAAAAAGAAGUACUUCAUUAGACUCUGACAACAAUAAUAGUAAUAGGCUUAAAUUAGACAAUUUUAAUUCAUCAGAGAUAGAGGAAAAACUAUUGUUGAAGACUGAAAAUGAUGCGCUUUUUGAUGCCCGAAGUAGUAUAUUGACUAGCAUGUCCAAGACAUUUAAUUCAAAAGAAAUGUCCAAAAAUAUUAGAAAAGCACGCAGGGGAAGGAAAGCAGCAGCUGCUGCAAGGCCCAGCCCAAACACUGUAGCGAAGCCCUUAACUAGCACCAUAACGAAUGAUACUUCAGAUGAAAAGCAAGAAACACUGGAAACUUUAUCAAAGGAAAUUGAUGAUUUAAUAAAUGACCUGGAUCAAAAUAUUGACCGUGAUCAUGAAUUGGCCAAUUCAAGUAAUACUAGUACAGUUGAGAAUAUUACAGAAGAAUCUAAAAUUAAAAAUAUCAGUAAGGUUUAUGGCAUCUCUAAGCCACUUUGUGAUAAUAAUAGCAUUAUAACUCCAGAAACACCCAUAAAAGACAAAGAAAUAACUACCAUAUCUAAUGAAAAUACGCCCUCUAAGAAUGAUGACAGUGAAAAUAUUAGACUUCACUAUGAUGAAGACUCUGUUGAAAGAUCAACAGAUAACAAUAAGCAUACUGAAAUAACUUACAAAUGUAACCCAGUAGCUAGUAUUGAUAAACUGAUGGAUAGAUUAAAAGAAUUUGAAGAAUUUGAUAAGAGAAGGCAAAGACAAGAAUCUGAGAGCAAACCUGCAGAUUCAAAAUCUGUAAUGGUGACAAAUGAUGUUGUAUUAAUUCCUAAAUCAGGAGCAGAUAUCAAACCUCUAAAUAUACAAUCAGUUCGAUCACCAGAGAGACCAAUUGAGAAAGAGAAUGUGUUGAGCUGUUUUGAAAACAAUUCUGCUAUAUCCAUAGUGAAAAGAGAUCAAGUAAGGAAGUCUGUAGAUGUCGACCUUCCAAAUUCUGUUACACUAAUUAAAAGAAAUAGUGUAAAUGCUAGAAAAGAGUCUACCAGCUCAAAUCAUUCUAAAGAAGCAGAUGCUAUUAGUAUUUUUGAGAAAUCUCUGGGCAAAGAUGUAACCUUAACUGAAAUAAGGAAAUCUGUAGACAAGUCUCAUGCAGCCCCACAGAUUGAUUUGCAUCAAUUCGCUACCCUACAUCCUAAUACACCCUCUCCCAAUUUAGGGGGCGUUGUGUUAGACUCAAAUCAAAUAUCAAUAACUCCACGUGUUAUGACUGAAGCAAAAAUUAAUAGUAAUGAUAUUAAAAUAAUCACAAAACGCAAGUCAAGAGAAUCCGUAUCUAGGAAGUCAUCAGAAUCAACAGUUGAAUCUGAAGACAAGACGGUGACAGCAGAAAAAAUUAAAACACCAACACAACAAAUUAAACCACCUGCAAUAUCAAUAUCAACUACACCUGUUGCUGCUAAAUCUGAAGUGACGCAACCUGUCGAGUCUGAAGCUUUACCUCCACUAGUAGAGAACAUCAAAGCCAUUCCUGAGGAUAUAUCUAUGACCACAGAAGUCUCAAACGUCGAAGGCACUCAAACAGCUGAUCCUAUAAAGCCAGUUAAUACUGAUGUAGAAAAAACAGAUGAGUCUGCUCCAGUCUCAGAAGAAAAAAAUAAAACGGUGGUCCCAGCUACAGAUAAUUUGAUUGUUAAUGAUAGUAUAAAUGUAACUGAAAAAAUAGAAACUGAAUCAAAACCUGUUACUGAGGUACAAAGUGAAACAGUGAAAGACGCAGUGAUUCCGCAGGAAACAAGCAAAGUCACGGUAGACACUAAGAUAGAUCCAUUAAUAGAAAGCAAAGUAUCUGAAGCUAAUAUUGUAGAAGAAGCUAAAACUGUCAAAAGUGUGGGAAGAGGUAAUAAGUCUGCUCGUAACUCAAUCGAAAGCCAGCCUGGGCCAAGUAACUUACUGUUAGAAACUCCUGAAAGCCAGAAACGUAAAGAAAAUGUAUUGAGGACAUUGGGUUUGUUAACGCAUAAAGCAGCAAAGGAGGCUAAAAUUGAGAAGCAAAAGGAGAAGGAAAGAUAUAAAAACAAAGCAAAAUCAGGGUCAGGCCCAAGCGUGGUGCCCACUGGAAGUUUAAAAGCUGUGAUAAAACUUAAUAGGAGUGCAAGUGAGAGAGACAAAAAGAAGUACCGAAGCUCCUUGAAAAUGACGUUCCAGAAAAGCAAGAAUAGGUCGGGAAAGCCAGCUCCUGAGGGAGAGGCAACAGAAGAUGACGCUUACUACACAAUUGAAAGGCGUGAGGGUGGCGCUGGCGCAUCUACUGAUGAUGCAGAAGCUUUACCAGAGCCAGCUGAGCCCAAGGAGACCCUUAACCUUGUGAUACCUGAGAAGGCAUCGUCAUUCAGCAUCCACCCUGGCCGUCUGUGUAUGGACCAGUGUUUCUACUGUGGAGGCAAAUUCGGCCUGUUCGACACACCAUGUCAUAUAGCGCAAAUGAAGAGUGCGGAGAGACAGAAGAAAGUUUUAGACAACGAGGAGAAACUAACGAUAGACAGCUGUUUGUGCGACGCUUGCUACAGACACGUGGACCGGCGCGCCAAUUGCCCCUCGUACAGGAAGCGACCGUUCGGGAAACAGCCAGACCCUGGCGCUGAACCCAUGUUGCCUUCACCACCGUUCAAUACUAGCUGCAAUAAAGAGGUAGAGAAGCCAACUUCGCCGUCCCUCGAGUCCGAGAGUGAGGAGGAGAUACCGGCUCGGCCUGCCACCUGUCAUACUGAAAGCUGCGUGGCACCAGCAGACCACUCCAUAAGACGCAAAUGGCUCAUCAAGAUGCGAUCCAGCGUCAACAAACUGUUGAAACUAAAAUGCGACUACCCGGGCUUACACACUAUUCCGUUAUGUGGUGACCAUCAUCGUGUUCUCGCACCGCUGAUGUCAUGCGCUCUAUGCCGUCGACGAGUCACUAAACACCAUAAUAUACACCUAAUACACCAUGGUUACUUGGAGAUCAACCCGCAUCUCCGCGAGUCGGGUAUUCCGGUACAAUUCAACGAGAGACCGAUGCUAUGCAAAGUUUGCCGCGUUUACUGCUCCAUGUUGCAACGAUCUGGACACCAGGAACCUAAGGCUAAAGGUUACAGACGCAAACUACUUCAAAUGUACAAUAUAGAACCACCGCCAGAAAACGAAAAUGAGCCCGAGGAAUCAAUAAUGCAAGAGGAAAGCCUCCUGAAUAGCAAACAAAAGAGGAAACAACGCACCAAGUCCAAACAAAGAAAAUCAACUGACCCAGAAAAGUCAGAAGAUGCCAGCGAGUCCUCCGCGAGAACUACGCCUCAUGAUGAAGGCUCACCAGAAAAGGUGAAAGAGGAAAGCAAUGAAUCGAUUAACCAGAAACCGGCACAGCACAUAGAAGAAGAUAUAGAAAGCCUCAUAUCCUCCAAUAAAAUCUUGGUACCAGGCGCCAUGAAGACCAACGAGCAGAAUUCACAAAGCGACGGCUCAGAAUCAGACAUGCUCGAUUUAGACGCUCCACUCAUACCUCUGGAUAAACAGACUGAAUUACAAUACCUCCUCCAGAAACAGAAUAACCCAGCACAAUUCUUGCAGAAGAGUACCAAUCUAACUCAGAAGCAAAAGAACAUAAUGAAACUGCAAACUGUGUCGGGGAUACAGAAACCUGGCCAACAGCACAGAAUCAGCGACAAGAACGCGAAAAGAAUACAAAAACUUGGCCAGAUUGUGACACACAAAGAGAAACAUAUUAGAAAGGAGAGUGAACUGGAAGUUUUCGACCCUGAUAACCCUAAAGAUGGUUCCGUGACAGUCCUCAACAUCAAAAACAUAUCUCUCAAUGAUGAAUGUACGAUAGAAAGUAUACCCAAUAAAAAACCGGCUGAUAUAAACACUCUAAAGAACAAGUGGCAGAUGUCAGAAAGCUUCACACAAGUGAAGAAGAACCUUAGUGAAUUAUCCAAGAAGUUAACUGGAGAUAAGGAGCCCAAGAAAGGGAAUGAGGUCAAAUACUCAAAUCCCGUAAAGAGAUUGGAAACGAACCCAUCUAUUUCUGUCCGAGAAUUGUUCCCAGGGGAGGAAGAGAUGAACUUGCAAUGCAGUAUAGAGUUCAACAACGUGAAGGGUAUUACUCCAGAAGGUUGGGAGAAGUGUAACACUGUGAUCCAGUACGACAGUGAAACGAAACGGCUGUGGAACGAAUUGCAAAGGCCGUACGGCAAUCAGUCCAGUUUCCUGAGGCAUCUUGUGUUGCUAGAGAAGUAUUUCCGAAGCGGUGACUUAGUGUUAUCUCAUAGUGCUACAUCUCCAGCGAUAAACUAUAGUGAUUCUAUUCAAACUCGCUUGCGAGCUUACGACAACAUACCUAAUGAUAUACCUAAACGUCCCGAACAGCACGUCAGCCUCAUAGAAUACAGAAAGAAGCCCUCGAUGAACGGCAAAAGCUUAUUGAAGUCUAAUCAAAGCGACAGCGACAAAGACCCGAAGAAGUUUAUGCCGCCCCCUGUGAUACUUCCGAAGCCGAAACCUUCGAAGAGUGAUAAAUCUAAAUCGAAACCUUUGCCCCCGGAGCUGAUUGCUAUAAACACUCCCAAUGCGCAGGGUCGUAAAGCUAUCCAGAAUGUUUUGCAUAAUAUCCAACAGUUGGUGAAGGGUGUAUCGGCUUCUGAUCCCACCGAAGUUGCCGCAUCGCCCGUACCAAAGUUUGAUUCCCCUAAAAUAGAUGCUCCUAAAGAAAAAAAGGACACUCCUAAGACUGACACGCCUAAGAAACAGAAGGCAACAAGUAAACCGUGGCGUCCCACACUCAUGCCUAUAACUGCGGAAAACCUAGCGAGAAUCGCCAGAGAACCUACACAAGUGGCGGUAGACGGACGAACUCUGCCCAGUCUCGUCCAAGUGAUGUCCUCCGGCAAACGUUAUCAUAUUACGUUGCAAGAUUACAACAAAAUGUGCGUUAUGCGACGAGAGAAAUUGCAACAGUUGCAAGACGGCGAAGCGAAAACGAAACGGCCGUCCACAGACGAAACAACAGUCGUCACCGAAAUACAACCGUCAACUAUGCUCGGCAACGGUGGAACCGUUGUACAAAACAUCACUGCAGAAGACAAAGAUAAAGCUAAAGAUAUGCCCGAAUUAGGCCAGAUCGGCACAAACGCCGCUACGAUACUCAAGAAUGUUGGCUUAAAAAAUAUCACUAUCGCCCCGAUCCCGCCGAAAACUGCCACGGUGACGUCACAGACUUUAACAUCGCCCGUUGUGACGUCACCGUCUCUCCUCGUCACCGCCCCCUUGAAGAUACCACAGCUCGGUCCAGCGGUAUCGAUAACUAGUGAAACAGUACUUAACCCGAACAUGCCUAUCGUUAUGCCUAAGAUACCGAAAUCCUUGACGGUGAUACCGCAGAGUAUGGUGGCGACUGUACCGCAAAAUGUGGUGGUCACGUCACCUUCGCUGAUGCAGAGUAUAGAAGGUCCGCGUCCAUAACGAAACGUUAUCUUCGUGGUCGUGUAGCGACGGCCUCGCGUCCACGAACAAAAUACGCGGACGAGUAUAAACUGAGUGUAGUGUAGUGUUUUAAGUGAGAAACUAAUACCCCCACUCCCCCCUUAAAUUAUUGGACAAAACCCUAGUUUCAUAUCGCUCGUGUUCAGUGAAUCUGUGUACGGACCCGAGCGAGGAUGCAAUACGAUAAGUGAGAACACCGGUUGAGCCUUAAUAAUUAAUAUACUGUGUAUAUAUUAGAGUAGAAUAGACUGACGUGUGAAUGCGCUGUGAAUAAAGGUGAAGAGGAUCGUGUUGAAAUGUAUUACUCUCAAAUAUUAGGUUUUAUUAUUAAUAUUUUUUUUUAUUUGUGCAAAUGAUACGCAGGUAUUAACGUGUUUUCACGGAAACACCCCUUUUUGAAAUUUGUUCUUUUUUUUUUAAUACACUGACUGAAUUGUAUGAUUUAAGAAACUUGAUACUUUAAUACAUACUGUAUUAUAUGAUCAUGUAACUGAUGUAUUGGCUCUAUGUAUAUUAAACCCUAUUGUGGAGAGAUUAAAUUACAAUUUAUAACACAUCUGUUCUUAAUCUUUUUUUAUUCGUCGUGAUAAUCAGGAAUAUUUACGUAUUUUUUUUUAUAUAAUUAAAUAUUUUCAUUUCGUAAAUUUCCCUAUUAUUUACUGUUUUUGGCUUUUUUUUACCGAAACAUGUUCCUUUCACCCUCUUAUGAUGGUCACAUAUACUUUGGUGUAUGCAUUUGUAAUUAUAAUACAUGUUGAUCUGACCAACAGACAUACAAUUAAAUUUGUGUUCAAUAUAUCUCAGAUUCCGAAAAAUACUGCUUAUUCAUUAUUUAUGUGAAACUCGAAAAUACUGAAAAUUUAACAUUCAAAAUUCUCUAGUCAGGUUGUAUAACGCAUUUAUAAUUUAUUUUAUGGCUACCCUACAUAUAAUAAUCGUUACGAUCUGUAACCUCGUAUCAUUUGCGUGAAAAUAGACAAUUACUAUUAUGUAUAGACUUGUAUAGUGUUAAUUGAUAGUUUGAAUAUCAUUGGAGCAUAUUUUUCCAUUGUUGUAAGUAAGAUUUCAUACAUACAUUUACUCGCGAAUUAUUUAUGAAAUAGAACAGUUUGAUUACCAAAAAAAAUAUGAACAAUUCACAAUAAAGGGAAAUAAAUAUAAAUCAAAGGUAAUUUUUAUUGAAUGAAAUCUUGUCAUCACAAUUUACAUUAAUUUCAUUUGUGUAAAUCUAGCCUUAAUAGAUACUACAUUGGUCCUUAGUUAGAUAUAACUUAAAUAUUCAUACAUAAUAUUAAAAUGCAUAACUUAAGAAUUAUAAUGCUCUUAAUAUUGACAUUGGUACCAAACAUUAAGUAGUACAGAUUAUAGCAAAAUGUCAAAUUUGCGAAAUGGAUUUUGACCACUAUUUUUAAUGUAUUAAGGUUUAAAAUCUGAAAUUUGACAGUUUGUAUACCCUGACCUGACGCGCUAUUGACGGUACAUGUAACAAUAGUUGAAAUGGUUGAAUUAUGUGCCUAAUAAAGGUACUUGUUUGAUAUAACAUCGCAGAGCACAUCUGUACAUACAAUCCACAGAGUAAGUACCAAACUAAGAGUACCGAUUUUAUAUUUCAUAAUAAUAAAGCUCAUGGUUGAAAAUUGUAUGUUUAAAAUACAUAUUAUAUAUCUAUUGUUGAGAAUUACUAGUAUUUUAUUUUGGUCCAUGGAUAUAGAUUACGGUCCAAUGUUAACUUUAGAUAAUGUACAGAAAUGAAAAAUGUGUUUGCUAAGGCGGUGUUUUUUAUAAAAUAAAUAAUGCUCAUAUUAACAUUGUGUAGAAUUCAUCGCCUUAACAGAUAAUUUUGAAUGUUAUAAUACUGCUAGUACUAUUUUACUAUUUGGAAGUUUCAUCACUGUUUUUUUUUUAUUUUUCAUCGGUUUUCAUCAUUUGUGGUGUAUCGCUCACAAGUUUUGAACAAAUUGUAGGCCCUUUAUAGCCCGGAUAUUUAGUUUCUUCCAAAGAUAGUGUGUUAGUAUACAAUAUUAUUAUUAUUAUUUUUUUAGUUUUAUUUUCGGCAUGCUAUGUCACUACGUGCCGGAGGUAUGAAUUGUCUAAUAAACAUAUCCUUAUCUCCU